AUUAAAUAAUGACGACAAAAAAUGUAAAAAAAAAUCUACAAAGUUUUACUUUUUUUUCGUCGUCGUUAAUGAAUAUUUCUUGAAACCCGAUUCUCAAAAUCUUCCCUCGAAAUGUAAAAUCGGUGUGGAUUUUUAAGAUUGAAUUUGCGCUUUUACUGAACCGUAAAAACUUUCAUAGGUCUUAAAUGAUUCCUAAAAAAUACUGCAUUAUCGGUCCAACUACCAUACGUUGCCGGUCACUUCUUUUAAUUUUAGUCUUAAUAACAAUUCAAAUUGAAAUCUGAAAAAAUUUACUAUUGCUGGCUCAAUGGCAACUAUUUAUGUGAUAAAAUUGUGAUUUUUUAUGCAAUUCAGUUUUAAGAAAUAAUUAAAAACAAACAAAUAUUUUUCUAUUUUCAGAUCACAGAUGAGUUAAGUUGUAUUUCUAAAAUAGGAUUAUUGGGGUGAAAGGAAGGAAUAAAAUCUGUACUUUUCGUUCUCAGGUUGUAUCCCAGUUUCUCGGUUGUGCGAGAAAUUAGUAUUCUUUAAACAGUGGAAAAGUUAUUCUAUACUCAUGAUAGAAAGGGGAUUGGGAUGUCUGUUCGACCGGGCUCGAGUUCGGGGCGCAUGAACCAGGAUAGGUUGGACCUGAACAUGUCGGUGGACGGGUUCAAUGAUAACGACGAGGACAAGGAUGAGUCCAAGAGGAAGUCCCGGAACCUCUCGGAGAAGAAGAGAAGAGAUCAGUUUAACACCCUGGUUACCGAGCUGGGUACCCUAGUGAGCUCCAGUAACAGGAAGAUGGAUAAGACGAGUAUACUUAAAACUGCAAUCUCCUUCCUCAGGCAGCAUAACGAGCUCACACUCAAAUCUGAAGGCGAGGACUUGAAAGAAGAAUGGAAACCUCCUUUUCUUUGCAACCAGGAGUUCACACACCUUAUGCUGGAGGCACUAGACGAGUUCAUUAUAGUUUUGGGAACAGAUGGUCACAUACUUUACACUAGUGAGAGUCUUGCAGGUCUACUUGGGUAUCUACCCUCAAGGUUACACAACACUACACUGUAUGAUCUGGUUGGAGACGGAGACAAGAUUUCUCUUUAUAAUCAUCUUAACAUUAGCUCUAGUACUGAUACUAGCAGUGAACUACAGUUAAAAAUCCGAUUACAUAUUCGUCGAAGUUUACACAUUGAUAGAAGGAAGAGAAAAGAGACUGAAGAAGAAAUUGAACAAGAGUUGGAACUCGUGGAAUUAUCCGGAUAUUUUCGGAAAUGGAUUGCCCCGGAUUCUGGUCCGGACACCGGAUAUAUUUCGGACGAUGACAUCUCUCUUAAAUCCGGAUAUUCAAACGGCGGUUCGCAGGUUCCUCGGUAUCGGCCGGCUCACACGGAUAAAACUGUGUUCUUAGCUACAGGAACAUAAACAAACCAACCUAAAAUUAACCAGAGGCGUUCACAGGGG